AUGCAUAGGAGUGCCAAAUGGCCCAAGGCCCAUUCAAUUUGGUCUCAGUGUUGGGUUAGGUUUGCUCCAAUUGGUAAUGAAGCGUUGCCCCUGAAAUCCGCUGUAACAUUCAGUUCCUCCAAGAUAAACGCCUCUUCACUUCCAGAAUUCACCCUCUAUGCUCAUUGCCUUGGGAAAAUCGUCUGUGUCUGUCUUGAUUCCGGAACCACCUGA